GUAGGACGUGCUCUCCAAUCUCGCUCUUUGCCCGCGCGACUACUCUGUCGAAGUCCUAGCUAAGCGAAGCGCGCCAAAAAAGCGCGCGCAAAAAAUAAAAAGCCAACUAACGGGACAAAAGUCGCGCGCGACUCGUAAGCUUGUUUACUUUGCCAUUAUAAAUCCGGCGGGCGCUUUGUUUGUGUUUGUGUUGAUGUUGCAUCGACAUUUACAGCAUCAGCAAUAGCAGAGAAUUCGGAGCGAUUGGCAAUUAGCGAUAAGCGAUAACCGAGAAACGAUAAUCGAAAACCGAUCUGCAGGCCGGGCACUCUGCUUAAAAUGCCGCUGCAGUGUAGGAUUCAGGAUGGGGUUCCUCGUCGACCCCAUCAGCAAAAACAGCAGCGAGAGCGGCAACAACAACAGGCUUAUCGCCAUCAGGAGCAAAACCAAGUGUUCCAAGGACGUUCGCCGGCGUUGCUGCCAGUAAUGCUGCUCCUCCUGAUGGCCACGCUCCUCACGCGUCCGCUGAGCGCCCUCUCCAACCGAUUGUCGGACACGAAGCUCCACGAGAUCUACCUGGACGACAAGGAGAUCAAGUUGAGCUGGAUGGUGGACUGGUACAAGCAGGAGGUGCUCUUCCACCUGCAGAACGCCUUCAACGAGCAGCACAGGUGGUUCUAUCUGGGAUUCUCGAAGCGGGGCGGCCUGGCCGAUGCGGAUAUUUGCUUCUUCGAGAACCAGAACGGGUUCUUCAACGCGGUGACCGAUACGUACACCAGUCCGGAUGGACGGUGGGUGAGGCGGGACUACCAGCAGGACUGCGAGGUCUUCAAGAUGGACGAGUUCACGCUGGCCUUCCGGCGCAAGUUCGACACCUGUGAUCCCCUGGAUCUCCGACUCCACGAGGGCACCAUGUACGUGGUUUGGGCCCGCGGGGAAACGGAGCUGGCCCUGGAGGAUCACCAGUUCGCCCUGCCCAAUGUGACUGCUCCGCACGAGGCGGGUGUCAAGAUGCUGCAGUUGCUCCGUGCCGACAAGAUACUUAUUCCCGAGAACGAUCUGGAUCAUGUGGAGAUCACCCUGAAGGAGGCGCCCAUUCCCAACCGGGAGACGACCUACUGGUGCCACGUGCAGCGUUUGGAGGGCGAUCUCCGGCGGCGCCACCACAUCGUCCAGUUCGAGCCGCUGAUCCGAUCCCCGGGCAUCGUGCACCACAUGGAGGUGUUCCACUGCGAGGCCGGCGAGCGGGAGGAGAUCCCGCUGUACAACGGCGACUGCGAGCAGCUGCCGCCGCCGGCCAAGGUCUGCUCCAAGGUGAUGGUGCUGUGGGCCAUGGGCGCCGGCACCUUCACCUAUCCCCCGGAGGCGGGGCUGCCCAUCGGCGGGCCCGGCUUCAAUCCCUACGUCCGGCUGGAGGUCCAUUUCAAUAAUCCGGAGAAGCAGGCUGGUUUGAUUGACAACUCCGGCUUCCGCAUCAAGAUGUCGAAGACACUGCGUCAAUAUGACGCCGCCGUAAUGGAACUGGGUCUGGAGUACUCCGACAAGAUGGCUAUCCCGCCCGGCCAGACCGCCUUCCCGCUGAGCGGCUACUGCGUGGCGGACUGCACCCGGGCCGCUCUGCCGGCGACGGGCAUCAUCAUCUUCGGCUCCCAGCUGCACACCCACCUGCGCGGCGUCCGCGUCCUCACCCGCCACUUCCGCGGGGAGCAGGAGCUGCGCGAGGUGAACCGCGACGACUUCUACUCGCACCACUUCCAGGAGAUGCGCACCCUGCACUACAAGCCACGUGUCCUGCCGGGCGACGCCUUGGUGACCACUUGCUACUACGACACGAAGAACGAACAGACCGCCACCCUCGGGGGAUUCUCCAUCAGCGACGAGAUGUGCGUCAACUACAUCCACUACUACCCGGCCACCAAACUGGAGGUCUGCAAGAGUUCCGUGUCCGAGGAGACGCUCGAGAACUACUUCAUCUACAUGAAGCGCACGGAGCACCAGCACGGCGUGCACCUGAACGGAGCCAGGUCGUCCAACUACCGGAGCAUCGAGUGGAGUCAGCCCCGUGUCGACCAGCUGUACACCAUGUACAUCCAGGAGCCGCUGAGCAUGCAGUGCAACAGGUCCGAUGGCACUCGCUUCGAGGGGCGUGGCAGCUGGGAGGGCGUGGCGGCGACGCCCGUGCAAAUCCGCAUACCCAUCCACCGCAAACUGUGCCCCAACUACAAUCCGCUCUGGCUGAGGCCGUUGGAGAAGGGCGAGUGCGAUUUGCUUGGGGAGUGCAUCUAUUAGGGCGCUAUGCAUUAGGCAUUAGCCGAAGGGCGCACUCCCGAUGGGUGGCGUGGGGGCGUGGCAUAAUACGUAGCACACAAAUACACAACAGCACACACGGGCACACAUCAGCACACGAAAUGGAUUAAACGGGGAUUUCGUUUUCAACAGUCGUACCUCCAUAAUCUGAACUUUUGCAACGCGAAUUUUUAAGGAAAUCACUUCUUUUUUUUGGAUUUCUUAACUCUUGUUUCAGCGUACAUACUUCAAGUACAUACAUAUGCAUACAUAUGAUAUAUUAUUUUAAAAAAAUUAAAAAUUUAGU